CACCUAUACCGUAUAUGCCACUGCCACGUCUUCAGAAUGUGAUAGUGCAUUGAUAGGUACAUCUGCUUCACUCAUAAUUGUUAGUGGAGUAAUUCUUCCAAUAUGUAUCGCUUUUAUCUUUUAUUAUCGGCGUCACGGAAUGGCAACCCAAUCAGGACAAAACACACAGCAAAAUGUGGUCGACAAUCGAAAGUCAGGAGCAACACAUGAUGUAAGGGAGCAUGGUGCUUCUGAA